CGGACACAUUCUGGAAGAGUCAUCAGCUGAUCCCACCCUGCUGCAGACUACAUUAUCUCCUCUGGAUUCGCAUGUGCAUACAGCAUUCGUGACCUACCUACCAGUCUCCCUCUGCAAUAGAUAACAAAUAAAUAUAACCCACGCCAUGGACAACACAACACUCACUUCAAAAUUCAAAUACAUUCCCCUUAACAAUAAAAAUAAAAUAAAGUAAAACCCCAAUCCCUCCCCAACAAUGUCUACCGACAUCGCUCAGGACUUCUCCCCACUGAUCCGGAUCUACAAAGACGGCCGCGUCGAGCGCCUGCUGGGAACCGCCACCCUCCCCGCCGGCCAUGAUCCCACCUCCGGCGUUGUCUCCAAGGACAUCGUCUACUCAACCCAGUCAACCCUUUCCGCCCGCCUCUACGCCCCGCCCUCCGCCAUCUCCGCCGGGAAGAAGCUCCCCCUCCUAAUCUACAUCCACGGCGGCGGGUUCUGCAUCGAGAGCCCUUUCUCCCCGAUCUACCACGCCCACCUCAACGCCUUGGUCGCCGAAGCCCAAAUCGUCGCCGUCUCCGUCGACUACCGGCUGGUCCCCGAGCACCCGCUCCCUUGCGCCUACGAUGAUUGCUGGGCCGCGCUCAAAUGGGCUGUGGCCCACGCCGGGGGAUCCGGCCCGGAGGAGUGGCUGAACGCGUGCGCCGAUUUCGGGAGGGUGUUUGUGGCCGGGGACAGCGCCGGCGCCAACAUCGCCCACCGCGUCGCCAUGAGGAACGCGGAGGAGAAACUGAUUGAGCUGUGGGGCCUUGUGCUUGUGGAUCCGUAUUUUUGGGGGGAAGACCAGAUCGGGGAUGAGCCCAAGGAUGAAGCGGGCCGGGCCCUGCCUUCCGGGUUGUGGCGGCUGGCGAAUCCGGGUUCGAAGAACGGGUUGGAUGACCCGGAGAUAAACGCUACCGCCGACCCGAAGCUGUCGGGUCUGGGUUGCCGGCGGGUGCUGGUUCUGGUGGCGGAGAAGGACUCUCUAAAGGACAGAGGGCGGCUUUACUGCGAGACGCUGGGGAAGAACGGGUGGCCCGGGAAGGCGGAGAUCCACGAGGCGAAGGGGGAAAACCACGUCUUCCAUCUCUUCGAUCCGGCGUGCGAGAACGCAGCGGCGAGGAUGAAGCGCACCGUUUCGUUCUUGAAUGAAGGAAAAGAUGGAUAAGGAGAGGAAUAAACAUGAGGUUUCAAUUAAAUAAUAAUAAUUAAAGAGGUUUGAAAUAAUUGCUGAUGCUUAAUCUAUUGCAGCUUCUCACUUUUAAAUUGGACUUGUAAUUUUUGUCUGUUUGUUUAACGUGGGCUUCAUGGAAUUAUCAAAUUACUAGACAGAUUAAUAAAAAAAGGUUACUUUUGUUAAUAGUACUAGCAUCUUUGACGGCGUUACUCGUUCGGGUAUGCGUUAAAUAAACUUAUUAUUGAUUG